AUGGAGCAUUUUCAUAUAGCUGUGUCGGCUGCUGCUUAUUUUGAUGGAGAUAGAAAGCAAAGUAUUGAUAUUUUGGAUGAAUGUAUCAAAACUGAUCCAAAGAAUAUUUAUAUUCACUAUUUGAAGGCAUCUUGUUUAAACAAUCUCACUAGUUCAGAGUCAGACCUUAAUAUUGUUCGCAAUAAUUACUCAGAUGCUAUUCAUCAUUUGGAGAAGGCAUUGGCCUAUCUUGAAAAUAUUCCAAAGUUGCCACUUCCUACUCUUGCAAAGACUAAUUUUUCACACGAAAUUGAAGAACCAGAAAAACAGGUUGAAAGAAUUAACGAUCUCAAAUUCACACCAAUUUGUUUAUUAUUGGCCAACGUGUAUGCAAGAGCUGCUGAAUCUGGAGUUUCAAUAGAUUUGCGACACAUUUACGGUGCAAAGGGGGUCGAUUAUGUCAGACAAGUUGAAUUAUAUUCAAGAUCACCUAAUGAGCCUUAUUUGUAUAUGAGUAAGGGAGGUUGCUAUUAUGCUUGUGGUAUGUAUGAAUUGGCAGUCAAUGCCUAUUCUUCUGUUGAAAGAUUUGAAGCAGUUUUGGAUCCAAACGCCAUCAUUGACUCUCUUUGUUAUGCUUCGAAUGGAAUGGUUGCUCUUGGGUAUUCUGAUAAGUGUUUGGAAGCAAUGGAAUUUUAUAUUGAAAAAUAUAAUAAUGAUGCGAGAUUAGUUUUUCAAAAGAUUCUCUGUAAAGAGUACAUGUGUAGAUCAAAGGAUGAAUUGAGACAGGUUUUGAAAGAAUUCGAACAAUUAAAGGAGAGCAUUCAAGAUUUGAAACUCACUCCAUGGAUUUAUUCAAGGGUUAACGAGCAAACCGAUGCAAGAAUUAACGAUAUUUUUGCAGCUAUCAACAAUCCACAAAUUGCUGAACGUUGGUAA